CAAAAAUGCCGCGUGUCUCGAGCUCCACAGGCCUUGUUGCUGCGCGAAUUCGGCCUGUCUCUCGGCCGAGGAAAAAGCAAGUUGAUCUCUCUGGAUACACGAAACCGGCCCCGUUCGUUCUUCGACCGUUCUCGGGUCUGUUCAAUCCGUAUCCCUACGGAUGUUCCGUGUUGUGCAAUCAUCCUGCGGACGGGGAGGCCAAGGAUGUCGUGCGCCGUGCAAAGGAUUGCUGGGCGACAGAGGGCAAGGCAUUGCUCCUCCCCGCCGAGAUGGAACUCAUCCGAGCUACUCUACUGGCCGGAGGUCGAUCACAAAGCGGAAACCGCCGCACGUCGCGCGGUAUCACCGAUCCUGCGGCACCCGAUGCGACGACCGUCCCCGAAGAACUCUUCCGGCACUACGCCGAGACCGAUUCCCGGCCGUUGACCCCGGCACCGACUCUCGCCAGCGGUCCAGCGCUCUACGUUACCUCGCCUGAUCCUCCCACGGUUUAUCCUCGCGAGCGUACCACCCUCGUCCUCGACCUUAGGGCAAACUCUCAGGAGCAGGAUAUAGAGACCCUGAGUUGGCACGCGCUGAGUCUAGAGCCGUUGCCGAGUCCACGGAGAACCGAGGUCUUCGUUCCAAGGCCGUCGUUGUUGUUGCCACUGAACCCAUCGACUUCGGUCCCAGCGGCGCCGCCGCCGACGGUCAAUGUCAGCAACGCGAGUACGCCAAAAAAUACUGCCGGCGAAGGUUCGGACAGCGAAAGUGACGGGCCAUCUAUGCGGAGGCGCGGAAAACGUUUGCGUAAGCGGAAAUGCCGACGCGGAUCAACCUACGGCCAACAAAACGAAGUCAGAGAUCCUCCUGAGCCCCUCGAAACUCAGGUCUCGCAGGUUGAGAUUGGCCUCGGAGACAGCUCAGCCAGACCACCCGUCGCUGACGGGACGGUUUUAUCACCUUCGAGUAAAGAGCCGAUCGCAUCGCCACCGUAUCGCAUUUUUCCGGAGAGUUUCAUCGAUGCUGAUAUCCUGAAACAUUUGGGACGGCAAUUAGACCGCGACACAGUGGAAGGCGAAUUUUCCACUAAGCGAAGAAUCGCGCUGGAAGAGGCAUUGAGAGUAAAAGCAUCACAAGCCCGAAACGGAACCGAAGUGAAAGAAGAAACAGGACCCAGCGCAUCGUCACUGAAUGUGCCGAGGGUAUUUUCUCGACAAAGUUCCCGAUUUGAACUUCCUCUAGACAGUAGAACAUUUGCCGAAAUGUCACCGUUGGAUUACCUUGGCAGACAUGUUUUCGUAACACCUGGAAGAAAGCUAAUCUUCAGGCGAGCCUUCAACAGAUACUUCGAAGAAGAUUCGACCGGAACGAGACACAUGCUACCGGACAAAAUCCAAGUCGGGCUGGAAGAGGUGAUGGGGCGAUCAUUCAGCGAGGAUCAAUCAUUAAAAUUUGUAAGCACCGUAGGUGUCGUCCAAGUUCCGGUUGACUUCAGGACUUGGUGCGGAAUUUGUGCCGCUGCGGAAAGACUCCUCGCCCCCCUUCCACCUCGAGACGCAGACCCACCAACCUGGAUCGAACGUGUCGACCUCGAGGGCCUCGAGCGGAGACUCAGAUCCGUCGAAGCCGAUUCCAAACUGGCUUUGCUGCUAACGGAAAUUCGGGACCGUUGAUGAUUCAAGACUCAAUAUUAUUUUAAAAACUACAUAUGCGUUAUAUCUUUUUUUGUUACAUACAACAAAAUUUAUUAAAAUGUUUCUUACGUGUUUUUUACAUGCGAU